AUGCCUACAUCUUUGUUCAAAGAUAGAAUGGAAAACGAUAAAAAGAAGAUAAAAGAAGUACAAGAGAAUGAUGAAUAUGAAGAUAUUGAAGAAUGGUUAGCACAAGAAGAGAUCUCACUUGAUCAACUUACUGCACCUUUUUAUAAUAAUUUAAAGUUACCUUAUAAAAUAGUAACUUGCUUUUUAGAUUCAAUCCAAAAAGAUGCUUUCUUGUUGGAAAACAAUGAUGAAUUAAGGUCUAUUAGUGAAAUUCCAUCACCGUUUAAUUCUAUAUUCAAGUUUGCAUUCUUUAACAAGAUUCAAUCUAUAUGCUUAAAUGAUGCAUACUAUGAAAAUAAUAAUCUAGUUAUUUCAGCUCCUACUGGGUCUGGGAAAACUGUCAUCAUGGAAUUAGCUAUCAUUCGAGCACUUUUACAUAGUGGAUCUGAUUCAAAAAUCAUUUAUAUGGCACCUACAAAAAGCUUAUGUAGUGAAAGAGUAAAAGAUUGGCAGACUAAAUUUAAGCCUUUCAAUAUUGACUGUAAAGAAUUUACAGGUGAUACUCAUAAUAAUACAAUCUCAACUAUCAGAAAGACUACCAUUAUUGUAACCACACCUGAAAAAUGGGAUUCAAUGACAAGACACUGGAUUGAUCAUCGUCAAUUAAUGCGACUUAUUAAUUUGUUUCUAAUUGAUGAGGUUCAUAUACUUAAUGAAAAACGUGGUGCAUGCUUAGAAGCUUGUGUAAGCAGAAUGAAGACAAUGGAUAAUAAUCGUUUACGUUUUAUCGCUGUAUCUGCCACUGUGCCUAACUUAAAUGAUAUUGCUACUUGGCUGGAUGCAAAACGUUUGCCUAUACGUCUUGAUCGAUUUGUUUAUGCAUAUUCUCAACAUGAAGAAAAUAUGUUUUUAUUUGAUAGAAGACUUGAUUGGAAACUUCUAGAUAUGAUACAGAAACAUAGUAAUAACAAGCCAGUGUUAAUCUUUUGUUCAACUCGUAAAUCUGCAGAGCAAUCCUGUAAUACUAUACUUAAAAUGAUGGAUAAAAAAGGCAUUCACAGUUUAAGAAAUACUAGAGAACGAUCCAAUCUUACCUUCAAGAACAAAAUUUUACCUAAAUUAGUUGAAAAAGGAAUUGCUUUUCAUCAUGCCGGACUCGAUCUAAGUGAUCGCUCUCAAAUUGAGACUUUAUUUUCUAACAGAUAUAUAAGAGUUAUUGCUACUACUUCAACAUUGGCUGUUGGAGUAAACUUACCUACUCACUUGGUUAUUGUUAAAUCGACUCAAGGAUAUCAAAAUGGUGGUCUAACUGAAUACUCUGAUAUCGAUCUUCUCCAAAUGAUAGGUCGUGCGGGACGACCUGGAUUAGAUACUUCAGGCUGUGUGGUUAUUUUAACAACUCUUCAAAUGGAACAACGAUAUAAAUCACUUGUAUCUGGAACAACAAAUUUAGAAAGCAGAGUAACAAAAAACCCAAUACAUUACAAGUUAAGUUCAGGUUCGAUAUCAACUAAUCAUAUUUUGCAAGAAAUAUGUGUAAAAGACUUGAAGCUACUUAAAGAGAAUAAUCUAAUUCAAGCAUAUUCAAAUGAUCAUACAUUUAAGCCUACACCAUAUGGUCUAGCUAUGGAUAAAUUUUAUAUAAAGUUUCCUACUAUGGUAAAACUGCUUCAAGCUGAAAACCCAAACUCUGUCAGAGAUACUCUAGAUCUUUUAAGUAAAUGUUGUGAAGAAUUUGAUAUGAUUAGAUUCAAUCCUGGAGAAAAACAAUUCUUGAACGCUUUAAAGAAUCAUGCUAAUAUUCGAUUUCCAUUAACUAAAAUUUCAAGUACAGCAGAUAAGGUUUUUAUGCUUUUACAAUGUGUUUUUGGCGAUAUUUCGCUUUAUAAUAAUGGUAGUGGCUUAUUAGCUAUAGAAGCAUCCACUGUAAUGAACCAUCUUAGCCGUGUCACGAAAUGCUUAAUCGACUGUAGUGUUCAAGAAAAAAACCCUAUCAAAUUAAAGUAUGCUCUUGAAUUAUAUCAAAAUAUACAGGCUAAGCUCUGGACAACUUCACCUUAUGUUGCUCGUCAAAUUGAUGGUAUUGGAUCUCAACUUGUUAAGACUCUAGCACAGGCCAAUUUAAUCAGUUUUGACCAACUGCGUCAAUGUGAUCCAGGACGACUUGAAAUGAUAUUACAUCGCAAUCCUCCAUUUGGAACAAAGAUAAAGAAGCAAAUUGAUGCUAUACCCAUUUUUAUAUUAGAUGUAGAGCAGGAAUCAAACCGAGAUGUUAACAAACAAAAUGGAAACGAUAUGAUAACACUAAAUAUAAGAAUAGGAAUAGAAAAUGAGCAUGCAAAUACUGGAAAGCAUGGAAAAAAGCAUCAUGUACUAUUCUGGCUUGAUACAUCAGAAAAAGAAUUAAUAGAUUUCCGUCGAAUUCAUUUAAUCAGAAUAUCUAAGCUAUUACAAAAAAGACAGUUAUUCAAUAUAAAAAUUGAAUUAAAAUCUCCAAUUACAAAUAUCAAUUGUCAUUUACAAAGUGAAGAUUAUGUGGGGAUUGAUGUUCAAAAGGAACUUACUGUAAAUGUAGAUCCUAGAAAGUUUAUUACAGUGAUGGGUCAAUCUAAUAUGAUGAAUCAAAAUCAAGAAAAGUUAGAAACUGUAGUAGACCUAACUAAUGAGGAUAUUGACGGCUUUGAAGACGAUGAUAAGAUAGAUCCCAACUUAUGGGAUAUACUGGCUGUUGCUACGUCCACCAUCUCAAUUCCUAAUAAAUUUAACAAAAAUGACUAUGAAUUUCCCUUUGAAGACAACCUACAGCAGACUCAAGUCUUGAAAGAACAUGACAUGGAUAAUUAUUCUGAGAUAAAAUCACAGCAACAAAAGCCUAUUAUUGCACCUUGUAAACAUAGGUGCAAAAAUAAGGAAGAUUGCGCUCAUAAAUGCUGUAAAAGAAACCAAUCUUCUCUAAAUAUGAAUAAGGGAAAUGGAUUAAAAAGAAAGGCCGCUGUUGAUGAAGAUGAUAGUGAGCAGUUCUCUUCAAAACUGUAUCUAAAAAAACUAAAGACAGUAAACGAUGAAAUAAAAGAUAUUACCUAUACAGAAACUAGUAAUAUACAAAAUAAAAGUAUGGAAAUUGAACAAUUCCCUGUAUUUUCUACACGAGGAUUACAUAAACCAAAUGAAUCUAAUAAUAUAGUACCAACUAUCAAAGAUGAAGAUGAAGAUAUGUUUGUAGACUUAUUUGAUUUUGAUAAUAAUGAGGUUUCGUUUGACUCCAUAAUCCAAUCUGCUGCAUUAGAAUCAAAAUUGUCUAAUACGACGGAGACUACAAACUCUUUAGAUGCUCGUCAUACUAAUACUAUGAAUAUAGAAUGUACUGCACCCACUAGGACAUGCGAUCAGUUAUGGGAACAAGUUGGGGAAAUGACUCAGAAAGCAUUUGAGAACUUUGAAAGUGACAGACAAGCUGAUACAUUUCAGAAGAAGGGGAUUCUUGCCAUUUCAUAUAAUAAUGAGUGUGCAAUAUCAGAAGAUACAACUCAAGAUAACCCAAUUGAAUUUAAAUCAGCCUCCUUAUCUGAAUGGAUAAAGAAUAAUGUAGAAAUUAUCCACUAA